CUGUCCAUGCCCUACAAAAGCAGUUGCUCCCCUGCAUAGUGUGUGACAUCACUAGGAAGGUCCUGCAGUACUACGUGACUGGCUGCCAGGUGCUUGGCAUCAAUAUCAUCAAUAAGGACUUCAUGAAAGAGGAACCAAUGGAUUCCCCGGCCUCUCCUGUUUGCCUCAGGGCCAUGUUUGCCAUUAAGCACCUGAGCAAGGUGAAACCCUCACUGAAUCUGGAUGAAAACACAAACAUCCUUGAUGACUGCCUCAAGUGCCUAUUGCCUCUUCCAGCUGUGCAGCAGAUGAGGAAGCAAAGUAAGAUGACUCAGGACUCUUUCCAAAUACAGUCAUUGCACAAGUUGUCCAUGAAGGCCUUGGGUGAGCUCAUGAGGGGCCUCCUUGAAGAACACCCCACUGAGAGUUGGUUCUUGGAGAUGUUCCAUCUUCUUGAGCCAUAGUUCCUCUCUGACAAGGAGUGGGAGAGAGAUAAAGCCUUGCAGGCCAGCUCCCAGCUGCUUGUCACCUAUCAGGAGACAGUCCAUUGCAGACUGCAAGAGCCUUU